AUGCCUCAUUCACGUCUUGUUGUCCAAUUGAUAAAAUGCCGUGGCUCACCCACUUUAUUACUUCUCCAGUUUGAACCUGUUUACACUUGCGGUCUUCGUCGAUCAUCGUCUAUUAUAACUUCAACGGAUGUUGAUCGACUUCGUUCACUUGGUGCGGAUUUUCAUGAAACUGAUCGUGGUGGUCUUUUGACAUUUCAUGGCCCGGGUCAACUAGUUGCUUAUCCAGUUCUUCCACUUCAACAUCCACAACUACGAUUAGCACUUCGAACUUAUAUAUCUCAUCUGGAACAAACUCUAGUUGAUACAUGUGGAGAAAUUCUCGGUCAUACGAGAAUUUAUUCCGGGAUUGACACUGGCAAAAGCGUUAGUUAUGCUGGAGCAUGGGUAGAUAAUCAACGGAAAGUCGCAUUUAUGGGAAUACGUUAUUCGCGAGGAAUAACAUCACAUGGUGUUUCGAUUAAUUGUUCGAUUAACAUGAAUUGGUUUGAUCAUAUUGUACCGUGUGGUUUCGAUCGACGACAAAUAACUUCACUCACUGAUGAAAUACCUGAUAAGAAAAUGAUGACCGUCGAAGAAGUUAUACCAAUAUUUAUAAAACAUUUUCAAAAAAUAUUUAAUGUUGAAUUGAUAGAAAGUGAUUGUGAUUAUAAACAAUAA